GAGAGCUGCGUGAAGAGGCUGCUGGAGAUCGCAGAAGGCUCAGAGUUUCUCAGGCUGCAGGUGGAAGGAGGUGGCUGCUCUGGAUUCCAGUACAAGUUUUCUUUGGACACAGUUAUCAGUCCUGAUGACAGGGUGUUUGAACAAGGUGGUGCCCGUGUGGUUGUGGAUGCGGACAGCCUGGCCUUCGUGAAAGGUUCCGUAGUGGACUUCAGCCAGGAGCUGAUUCGCAGCUCCUUCCAGGUGGUGAGCAACCCCCAGGCAGAAAAGGGUUGCUCAUGUGGGACUUCCUUCUCUGUCAAAUUCUGA